CUCUUUCCCUAAGGCACAGGCAGCCCCAGCAGGAUGUUUAAGAAGGUCACCCAGUCCAUAGUGAACCAGAUGGAUCCAGGGGGAGACCUGGUCCCAGUUCGCAGCAUCUUGGACCAGGAGCACUUCCAACCCCUCUGCCUGGUGAGGAGAAAAAGGAAAGCCAUGUUCCAGCCAUCCCCCUGCUACAAACAGACCUGGUACAGGCUGGAGGAUGUGCUGCUGCCUGCAGGAGCUGACAACAGGUCCCUGCUCCCCAGUGGAGCUGGUCAGGGCUCCCAGCAGUUCACAGUCCAAAGAACCACCAGUGACAAGGUGGAUGGGAGCCUGAACAUCAACAUUGACUCCACCAACAUGGAGAUCAGAGGAGCUGCCUCCUCCUCCAAAGGGUGGACCAUCAAGCUGCAGAAGAACCACAUCCCAGUGCCACAGCUGGAGGCAGUGAAAGCAGAAAGGAAGGUGAACAUGCAGCACUCCUUCAUCCAGCAGCUGCAGAGAGCAGGCCAGGACCUGUAUGUGGUCCAUGAGUCCAUAGAGACCUCGGAGGAGGCCAACUGCGAGGAGUCCGCCGCGGCCCAGGGCAGCCUCCUGGCCCAGCUCUACGCCAAGUUCUGUGCCAAGGGCACCUGGGAGAGCAAGCAAAGCAUCACCAUCCCCAAGGGCUGCACCCUGGCUUUCAAGGCCAUCCAGCUGGCCAUCGCCGGCGGCCCGUGGAAAGUCCAAAGGAGCUGUGGAGCUCUCCUGCCAGUGGCUCCUCAUCUGCCUGCCAUAUUUCUGAAGGCCAUCAAAGCUGUGAUGAGAGACAGGAAGCUCUUUGAGGAGCUGAGCCACAAGAUGGAUGCAGUUCUUGGUGGAGCUGACAGCAGUGUGCUGCAAACAGCAAGCUCAGACUUAGAGGAGCUGCUGAGCAUCUUCCAGCACCCCUCAGGACAGCCCAGGCUGGCAGCAGCCCUUGCCUACACUCUGGAUGCUUUGGAAGAGCUCACAGAGGAUCAGCUGCUGCUGCUGCUGGAGUCCUUGGACAAGGAGAUGGUGUCCCAGCAGCUCGAGAUGGUUUCAGGCACCCUGGCACAGGAGGGGACGUGGAGGCCUUUCAACAUGGCCAACUUCUUGAGCUCCUUCUCCCAGGAGGAACAAGCACUGCUCACAGCCAUGGCUGAGAAGAGUGGGGUGGCACUCCAGGAGGAUGGCUCUGCUGUCUUGCCAGAAAAAGCCUUCCCAGCUGUGGCAGCCCUGUAUGCAUCUCUCUCUGUCCUUGACUUCCUGAGCAACUGAGCCCAGGCUGUGGCCUGAUUUAAAGGCCACCAGCACAGCUGAAAGCCUCUGACUGCAAUCCAGUUUCUCUACUCUUUACCCCUCCCCAGGUGACA